AUGGCCAGCAAAGGCAGAAAAUUGCGACUUGCUUCGUCUUUGAACGUGGCGGUUUUAGAGCAACUGUCUAUGAAACUUAACCCGUCCAUGAUUAUGAAGGACUACCGGUCUCUAGCGGGCCGUCUUAAAUAUACCACUGAAUACAUACAAAAUUUUGCACUCGAGAGAAACCCUACAUUGGCUUUACUUCAGAAUUGGUGGUCUUCAAACCCGGAGACAAAGACAGUUGCUGUCUUACUAAAUCUUUUAUAUUGUAUGGAAAGGGAUGAUUGUGUUGACUUGUUGCGGCCUUAUGAAUUCUAUG